AUGGAUGCUAGAAGAAAACAUUGGAAGGAGAAUAUGUUUACUCCUUUUUUUAGUGCACACGAUGUUCUGGAAGAGACUUCUGUGUCUGAAUCUUCUUCUGAACAAAUAGCCAUAGAUAAGACCAAGAGAAUGGGUGGAAUUUAUAACUUUUCCAGUAGAAAGUUUCAAGAAGAAAAUAAAUUUAAGAGGAAAGAAUACAUUUCCCAAUUAAGUGAAAGAGAAGAAGGGCCGAGUUUAAGAGAGAGAAGAAGAAACAUGUCAAAGAGUGAAGGAGACACAAAUUCUGCCUCCUGUGAAUCAUCGAAUUUGGACAUUACAACCAAUGACGGCUCUAACAACACAGAAAACUCCUCCACCUGGAGUAAAAAGGAAUUACCAACUAUACCUCGGCAAGGUACCAGGAAGAAAUCCGUUGAAGGAAUGUCUCCAAAAGUUCGCCUGAACCUCCUGAAUGAAGAACUGGAAGAACUGAAUAUAAAGUGCCAAAAAAUAGAAGAGGAAUUUGAAAAUGCUGAAAAAGAACUUUUGAACUCCAAAAAAGAAGGCUCCACGAAGUCCAUAAAUUUUCAAGACACAGGGCCAGACACUGUGAAGAAUGACUGGGAACUUCAAGCUUUAAAAAAUGACCUAUCUGAAAAAGCAACAAACGUAAAAAACUUAAUGGAAGAGCUCCAGCAAGCCAAAGAAAUCAUCCACCAGUUGAACCUAGAGAACAGAAACCUAAAAGAAGCCGUUAGGAAGUUAAAGCGUCAAAGUGAACUAGGAAACGCACUCCUGAAAGAGGAAAUGAAAUUGUAUUAUGAGUUAGAAAUGGAAAAGAUUCGUGUAGAGCUUGAUGCCAUCAAGAACGAGCUGAGAGCUGAGAAAACCCUCCAAGCAAGGAAUAACAGAGCCCUGGAGUUACUUAGAAAACACUUGGCUUCCAUGGUACGAUCAUCAAGUAGUACCUUUGACCAUUUUCCUGGGGAUUUUUUUUAA